AUGGAGCUCGCCAGGUCCCUGAAGACGGAGGGCUCCGUCGCAUACCGUGCUCUGCUUAUCACAUUGCUGCCAGUGCCAGCGUCGGAGAGCGCGGGCCCUUCCUCCGACGCCUGCGUCGAUCCCGGCUUUCCGCCGGUGACAUGCGUCGUCGCCGACGGGCUGCUGCCUUGGGCCAUCGACACCGCCGAGGAGCUCGGCUUGCCAGCGCUCGCCUUCCGCACGGCGAGCGCCUGCAGCUUCUUGGCCUACCUGUCCGUGCCCAAGCUCUUCGACCUUGGCAAGCUCCCCAUCCCUGCCGGCGGCAGCCUUGACGAGCCGGUGCGCGGCGUCCCGGGGAUGGAGAGCUACCUACGCCGGCGUGAUCUCCCACGCCAGUGA